GAAGAAAAAUAAAAUUCUGUCAAAAUUUCAACGCACAGCGCAACGCCUACCGCGACCAAAACUCCGCCCGUUGCUAUGCGUGAGCAAUGAAAAACAUAAAUAGCUGCGCGCGCGCUUGGCAACGCCCCCCUUGGUAACGAAUCAACAAGCCGAAAAGCGCACCGCAUGGGUGUCUGGCGGCCCCGGCCAGCCCUGGCCUAUGACCCGAAUGUCGAAUCGGGCAUCCGGGAUGAUGACGAUGACGAUGACGAUGACCUGGCAGAACUCGCAGUGGCCUAUUUCGAGCGGCUCAACGAGCUAGACCGCGCGUCAGUGGUUCACGAACCGAGAUCGCUAGCGGAACUCGCUUUCGCAGCGAUCCCGGUUACGGAACCACUCGACGAUUGGACCUCUAAUCAGAUGGAAACCUCGCCACCUAUCAGGACUGGAAAACCAAAUCUUUUUGGUAACACAGAGGUAAUUGUAUGUAGUAACACGGUUUGGUAAUAUUUAUUCUAACCUAUUUGUUUUACGUUUAUCUUCCUCAGAUUUGAUCGCUGCUUAUCGGAUUCAUUCGGUCCUCGACGGGAGAUUGAAGGAGCUUUGGGGUGUGACGACAUUUACCAAUGAACUGUAACCUGCCUUUUUUUGAUGAAAUAAAGCUUGGAUGUCACCGAUAUUGUUAUUGUUGUUUUUAUUUUAGACUUAAAAAGUUGGUCCGCAACAGAUAGUUUUGUUUUAAAGUUGUAUUUAAUAUGAAAAAAAAACUAUGAGGAUUUAACGAGGGCGGUAGAAUUUCUCUUUCACCUCUAAAUAAAAAUGAAUUUAAAAAACAUGUGGGCUCGACCACAAAAUAAGACAUUAAACAUGAGAAAUCUAAAUAUUACUAAACUGCCCCUGAUCAUAAAUGUCCCAUAUGCAUUUUCAUCGAUUUCGAGUUAUUGCUUG